GGGUCAACCAGUGGAAAAUUCCAAGCGCAAGCAACUAAACUGACCCCUUUCGGGGGGCUAAUUAAUCUGGAGUCCCAGAACUUCCCGCGUUCACAUAUUGAUCGAAGACUCUUCAAAUCUAUGGCAUAAUAAAAAGAAGAUGAAGCCGCAACAAGUGUUUUCACCAGAAAAAGAAGAUCAUGUCCGCGCUAUCCAGGGAGUCAGACGAAGAGAGUUCAAGUGAUCUGUUCGAGAUCAACCAUGAAUAUGAUUACGAGGGUAGUUUGUUUUCUUUUGAUUUUCAGAAAUGGAACGACAGUGUCUUUGUGGCGGUGGGGAACACGGAGUCACGCUCAAGCAUGGAUGCGCUGGAGUGGACGCUGAGGUACCUUGUUACUCCCUGCACCGUCCUUCAUCUCAUACACGUCUUUCCGCUCAUACGCCACAUUCCAAGCCCAUUAGGAAUGCUUACAAGAGGUCAAGUGAAACCCGAAAUGGUGGAGAGCUACGUGUCCCAAGAAAGGGACAAGAGAAGAAAACUCCUUCAAAAGUUUCUUGACACGUGCUCUGCUUCCAAGGUAAAUGUUGAUCUUCUACUUGUUGAAAGUGAUCACACUGUGAAGGCUAUUCUGGACCUCAUCCCAGUUCUCAGUAUUAGAAAGCUAGUGCUUGGAACCACAAAAUUAAGUCUAAGUAGUCAUGCUGUUUUUCAAAAAUUGAAAGGAAAUCAAAGUCUAAGAGGGGAAGUGGGAUUGCUGAUCAGAUCCUCCAUAAUGCACCGGAUGACUGUGAGGUUAACAUCAUCUAUGAAGGGAGGGAAGUCAUUGACCGGAUGAUUGGGUGGUCCUCUCCACGCGAGAAUAGCAGUAAGUCAAAGUCAAAGUCAAAAUGGAUAGCUAUACGCAACUACUUCACUAACAAGUUGCGGUAAAAGGCUAAUUAGAGAAGCUAGCUCUGGAGCAUUAUAUUGUUUAUAAACUUUUAAAGGGUAUUUUUUGCUUUUUAGUUAUGAUAUGAUACGAAUGUAAAAAUAGUGUGCGAAUUGAUAUUAAAAUUCAGUUUAUAAAUACACUUGUAUUGUCCAA